CGCAGGCGCACCGCUCCUGUUUGUCGGUGCCUGAGAAGGGAAGAGGUGCAUCGAAGUCAAGACCUAGGCCGAGCCGGAGCUGACCAGACUAGACUCGGGCCCGGAACUAGGCUCCAGGCCUGCGCGGACCGGACCGGACCGGAUCGUAGGACCCCGGUGUGGAUGGAGUAGGCCCAGCCCCGAGAUCAGCGCCAGCCCAUUCGGCCUGGCUCCAGGCCCACAGAGCCGGCAGGCAGGCGAGCCGAAGCCGCCCGGGGCCUUCCUACAGGUCCCCCGCGAGGGGCCUAGGCACUGGCUCCGCAACCAGGCCCGGCCCAGCCCUUGGCAACCGGAGUCCACCCGAUCAGAAGUGGAGAUUUCACCGGGACCAUAGGCCGUCACUAGGCCGGACCCGGGCCUCCCGUCGGGGCCGAACUGGGACGAGGCCCCGGGGAGGCCCCUAGUCUACUGCACCUUCCCUCAGGCCGACGCCCACCGGGAAGAUGCAGCGCGCCCUACCUGGCGCCCGCCAGCACUUGGGGGCCAUCCUGGCCAGCGCCAGUGUAGUGGUGAAGGCCCUGUGCGCGGCCGUACUAUUCCUCUACCUGCUGUCCUUCGCUGUGGACACAGGCUGCCUGGCGGUCACCCCAGGCUAUCUUUUUCCACCCAACUUCUGGAUCUGGACCCUGGCCACACAUGGGCUGAUGGAACAGCACGUGUGGGAUGUAGCUAUCAGCCUGGCCACAGUGGUGGUGGCUGGACGCUUGCUGGAACCGCUCUGGGGGGCCUUGGAGCUGCUCAUCUUCUUCUCAGUGGUGAACGUGUCUGUAGGGCUGCUGGGGGCCUUCGCCUACCUCCUCACGUACAUGGCCUCCUUCAACUUGGUGUAUCUUUUCACUAUCCGCAUCCAUGGCGCCCUGGGCUUCCUAGGUGGUGUCCUGGUGGCACUCAAGCAAACCAUGGGGGACUGUGUGGUCCUGCGAGUGCCCCAGGUGCGCAUCAGCGUGGUGCCCAUGUUGCUGCUGGGGCUGCUGCUGCUGCUGCGGCUGGCCACGCUGCUCCAGAGCCCGGCACUGGCCUCCUAUGGCUUUGGGCUGCUCUCCAGUUGGGUGUAUCUUCGCUUCUACCAGCGCCACAGCCGAGGCCGAGGGGACAUGGCUGACCACUUUGCUUUUGCCACCUUCUUCCCUGAGAUCCUGCAGCCUGUGGUGGGGCUGCUGGCGAACUUGGUGCACAGCCUCCUGGUGAAGGUAAAGAUAUGCCAGAAGACAGUGAAGCGCUAUGAUGUGGGGGCCCCAUCCUCCAUCACCAUCAGCCUCCCAGGCACAGACCCUCAAGAUGCGGAGCGGAGAAGGCAACUGGCCCUGAAGGCCCUCAAUGAACGACUGAAGAGAGUGGAGGACCAGUCCAUCUGGCCAAGCAUGGAUGACGAUGAGGAGGCCGGGGCCAAGGUGGACAGCCCCCCACCCUCAGACAAGGCCCCUGUGCUCUCCGGGCAGGGGGCAGCCCCAGAGCCCAGCCUGAUCACCUUCGAGACAGCUUCCCCACAGCUGUAACUCCAGACCACCUUGAGUGUAGCCCCUGCUUUCCCACACCCCCCAACACCCUCUCAGCUCCUCUGAAGGGAGGAAAGAUGGUCUGCUGGAGGCUUCCACAGCCUUCUGCUAUUUCUCGCCAACACUACCCAGGACUCUGGCUACCUGGUUCCAACCCCAGACAACCAUUAUGUCAGGCAUGGGGCCUCUGAAGCAUCAGCCAUCUGAGGUAAGACUGCACCUUGGCAGGCUGCUCCAAACAAGUGGCUGCAGGGACACUAGUGCCACAGCUUCUGGGCCAACCUUCACACCUGAUGCUGCUUGCCGAGAGCCCUGAGCCAAGGCAAGGAUCUGCCAAAACCCUUCUGGGGAGUCCAGCCAGCGUGGGAGCCAGCAUGGGGCUGCACGCCCCUGCCCACCCCCAGGAGGACUGUGUUCCCGUCAAGAUUUCAGUUCCCUCUGCUGUGGCCAUGACUGUUUCCCAGCCAGGACAGUCCCAGCUCCCAGGGGUUUUCUACAGGACCACACGGGCGGGCAGCUGGGCCCAGCCAUGCAGUAUCAAUAAAGCAGUUCUUGGA